AUGGGGGCCCUGCUGCAAAGACAGACUGAAGUUCAAGUGGCAUACAUGGGAAGCUUUGAAGAGAAAGAGAAGCAGCAGAGCGUCUCACAUGGUGAAGCCGCCGUCAUCCGUGCUCCCCGCAUUGCCAGUUUUCCUCGUCCACAGGUCACGUGGUUCCGCGAUGGGCGCAAAAUCCCUCCCAGCAGUCGCAUAGCUAUCACGCUGGAAAACACACUGGUGAUCUUGUCGACGGUGGCCCCUGAUGCGGGAAGGUACUAUGUGCAAGCUGUAAAUGACAAGAAUGGGGACAAUAAAACCAGCCAGCCCAUCAUGCUCACUGUGGAGAAUGUAGGCGGUCCAGCUGACCCCAUUGCUCCAACCAUCAUCAUUCCACCCCGCAACACUAGCGUAAUCUCUGGUACUUCUGAAGUGACUCUGGAGUGUGUGGCCAAUGCUAGGCCACUUAUCAAACUACACAUCAUCUGGAAGAAAGGUGGGGUUCCAGUAUCCAGUGGCAUCAGUGACUACAACCGGCGGUUGACCAUCCUUAAUCCCUCCCUAAGCGACAGUGGCUACUAUGAGUGUGAAGCUGUGUUGCGCAGUAGCAGCGUACCCUCUGUGGUUCGAGGAGCUUAUCUCUCUGUACUGGAACCACCCCAGUUCACCAAGGAACCAGAAAGACACAUUACAGCUGAGAUGGAAAAAGUAGUACAGAUUCCAUGCCAAGCUAAAGGUGUGCCUCCACCCAGCAUGUUCUGGUACAAGGAUGCAGUACUACUUGGAAUGGAGAAGCUUGCCCGCUUCAAGCUGCUUGCCAAUGGGAGCCUGCAGAUCAGUGGCCUAAUGCCAGAUGACACAGGGAUGUUCCAGUGUUUUGCCCGCAAUGCUGCUGGAGAGGUGCAGUCUUCCACAUACCUGGCUGUCACUAGCAUUGCGCCCAACAUAACCAGAGGGCCCUUGGACAGCACAGUGAUUGAUGGAAUGGCUGUGGUUCUCAGCUGCGAGACCUCUGGAGCUCCCAGACCGGCUAUCACCUGGCAGAAAGGUGAGCGGAUCCUGGCCAGCGGUUCAGUGCAGCUUCCUCGUUUUACUUUGCUAGAGUCGGGAAGCCUCCUCAUCAGCCCUGCCCGGAUCUCGGACGCUGGCAGCUACACUUGUCUUGCUACUAACUCGCGUGGAGUCGACGAAGCCUCUGCAGAGCUGAUUGUCUGGGCCCGGACUCGUAUCACCAACCCACCUCAGGAUCAAAGUGUCAUCAAAGGCACCAAGGCUUCAAUGACCUGUGGAGUAACACAUGACCCCAAUGUGAUAGUUCGGUACAUGUGGGAGAAAGAUGGCACAAUUGUGAACACAGAGAACAUGCCACGCCUGCGUCUGGAGAGCACAGGCACUUUGCACAUUGCCCAGACCUGGUCAGGGGAUAUUGGCACCUAUACAUGUCAUGUGAUAUCUGCUGGAGGCAACGACUCUCACAGUGCCCACUUGCGAGUCCGGCAGCUUCCACAUGCACCAGAAAACCCCGUUGCCAGGCUAAGUACUGUAGAGAAACGGGCCAUCAACCUGACAUGGACCAAGCCCUUUGACGGAAACAGCCCAUUGCUACGUUACAUCCUUGAGGUCUCCGAAAAUAAUGCUCCCUGGACAGUUCUUAUGGCCAGUGUGGAUCCUGAAGUAAAUUCAGUGCUGGUGAGAGGAUUAGUUCCUGCCCGCUCAUACCAGUUCCGCCUUUGUGCUGUUAACGAUGUGGGCAAAGGCCAGUUCAGCAAGGACACUGAGAGGUUGUCCCUUCCGGAGGAACCCCCUACAGCACCCCCACAAAAUGUCAUUGCCAGUGGUCGCACAAACCAAUCUAUCAUGAUCCAAUGGCAGCCACCACCUGAAAACCACCAGAAUGGCAUUCUCAAGGGAUACAUCAUUAGAUUUUGCCUGGCUGGUCUGCCAGUUGGCUACCAGUUCAGGAACAUUACAAAUGCUGACGUCAACAAUCUACUGCUUGAGGACCUAAUCAUUUGGACUAACUAUGAAAUUGAAGUGGCUGCCUACAACAGUGCUGGAUUGGGUGUCUACAGUGCCAGAGUCACAGAAUGGACUCUCCAGGGUGUUCCCACCGUGUCUCCGGGUAAUGUACAGGCUGAGGCCACCAAUUCUACUACCAUUCGUUUCACCUGGAACCCUCCUAGCCCCCAGUUUGUUAACGGCAUCAACCAAGGCUACAAGCUGAUUGCCUGGGAACCGGUACAAGAAGAAGAUAUGACUAUGGUGACAGUACGGCCUAACUUCCAAGACAAUAUCCAUGUUGGUUAUAUCUCAGGUCUCAAGAAAUUCACAGAAUAUUUCACUUCAGUCCUGUGUUUCACUACUCCAGGCGAUGGACCUCGCAGCCCACCACAGCUGGUGCGCACCCAUGAGGACGUUCCCGGUCCAGUGGGACAUCUCAGCUUCAAUGAGAUCUUAGACACAUCUUUGAAGGUCAGCUGGCAAGAACCCUUGGAAAAGAACGGCAUCUUAACAGGCUACCGAAUCUCCUGGGAGGAAUACAAUCGCACAAACACGCGUGUUACACACUACCUUCCCAAUGUCACCCUGGAGUAUCGUGUUACUGGCCUCACUGCUUUGACCACCUACACUAUUGAAGUGGCAGCCAUGACAUCCAAGGGACAAGGACAGGUUUCUUCCUCUACCAUUUCUUCUGGAGUUCCCCCAGAGCUCCCCGGGGCCCCAUCUAACCUGGGCAUCUCCAACAUUGGUCCCCGUUCAGUCACACUUCAGUUUCGCCCUGGUUAUGAUGGGAAGACUUCCAUUUCCAGGUGGCAGGUAGAGGUUCAGAUGGGUCAGACUGGAGAGACUGAAGAGUGGAUGCUCAUCCACCAGCUUUCUAAUGAACCAGAUGCUCGGUCCAUGGAGGUGCCCAAUCUCAACCCCUACACAUAUUAUAGUUUCCGAAUGCGACAAGUGAACAUUGUGGGGACAAGUCCACCCAGCCCGUCUUCCCGCAGGAUCCAGACAUUGCAGGCUCCACCUGAUGUAUCUCCUGCCAAUAUUACAGUACGAACAGCCAGUGAAACCAGCCUCUGGCUACGAUGGAUGCCACUGCCAGAGAGUGAAUACAAUGGCAGCCCUGAGUCGGUGGGCUACCGGUUGCGCUACUCACGUCUUGAUGGGCGCAGCCACACCCUGACCAACACCAUCCAUGACCGUGUGGAGCGUGAGUUCACCAUUGAGGACCUGGAGGAAUGGACCGAGUACCGUAUACAGGUGCAGGCCUUCAAUGCUGUCGGGCCAGGGCCAUGGAGUCAGACUGUAGUGGGGCGAACCCGGGAGUCAGUGCCUUCAUCCGGACCCACCAAUAUUUCAGCACUAGCUACCACUUCCACCUCUAUGCUAGUGCGGUGGAAUGAUAUCCCUGAAGCUGAUCGAAAUGGAUUUAUCCUAGGCUACAAGAUCAUGUAUAAGGAGAAAGAUUCAGAUUCAAGGGCCCAGUUCUGGUUGGUGGAAGGCAAUGCCUCUCGGAGUGCCCAGCUCAUAGGCUUGGGAAAAUACGUCCUUUAUGAGAUCCGGGUGCUUGCUUUCACCCGCAUUGGUGAUGGAGUGCCCAGCAAUCCGCCUAUACUUGAGCGCACACUGGAUGAUGUGCCUGGGCCACCAGUAGGCAUUCUCUUCCCUGAAGUGAGGAUAACUUCUGUACGGCUAAUCUGGCAGCCUCCUUCUGCUCCCAAUGGUAUCAUUCUAGCAUACCAGAUCACUCACCGCCUCAACACUACAACUGCCAAUUCAGCCAACGUAGAAGUCCUCAGCCCCAGCGCACGCCAGUUUACUGCUACCAACCUCAGACCGGAGUCCACCUAUCUCUUCCGUAUCACAGCGCAGACCCGAAAGGGCUGGGGUGAAGCUGCAGAGGCCUUAGUAGUCACUACGGAAAAGAGAGACCGCCCCCAACCACCCAGCAAGCCCAUUGUGUUGCAGGAAGAUGUCAAGGCCAGGAAUGUGCUAUUGUCCUGGGAGCCAGGCAGUGAUGGGCUGUCACCUGUCCGAUACUAUACUGUGCAAACACGGGAACUCCCUGACGGGAAAUGGAUGUUGCAUUCUGCAUCUGUGAAGCACAACACCACGUCCUUCAUUGUGAACAGAUUGAAGCCAUUCACCACCUACAAAUUCCGUGUUAAGGCAACCAAUGACAUUGGUGACAGUGAAUACAGUGAAGAGUCAGAAUCACUCACCACACUACAGGCUGCCCCAGAGGAAGCUCCCACGAUUUUGUCAGUGACACCACACACCACCACAUCCGUGUUGAUCCGCUGGCAGGCCCCAUCUGAGGACAAAAUCAAUGGCAUCUUGCUAGGCUUCCGCAUCCGAUACCGGGAGCUGCCAUAUGAAGGGGUACGAGGCUUUAUUGCCCGUAGCAUGGGCAGUCCCAAUGCCAGAUGGACAGAGUUGACCCAUCUGAACAAACACCGUCGCUACGAGAUCCGCAUGAGCGUCUAUAAUGCUGUGGGUGAAGGCCCCACCAGUUCCCCCCAAGAGGUCUUUGUCGGUGAAGCUGUCCCUACAGCUGCACCACAGAAUGUAGUUAUCCAAACCAUCACGGCUACCCAACUUGACAUUACUUGGGAGCCACCACCUCCUGAGACACAGAACGGAGACAUCCAAGGCUACAAGAUUUAUUUCUGGGAAGCUCAGCGGCAGAAUGAAACCGAAAGAGUGAAAACACUCUUCUUACCAGAGAGUGGUGUCAAACUGAAGAACCUGACGGGCUACACUUCCUACCUCAUCUCUGUCCUUGCCUUCAAUGCUGCAGGUGAUGGCCCCCGCAGUAUCCCUAUCAAGGGCAGGACCCAGCAAGCAGCCCCCAGUUCCCCAGGCUCUGUCAAAUUCAGUGAACUUACCACAACUUCUGUGAAUGUGUCUUGGGAGCCCCCGGUCUUCCCAAAUGGAAUCCUGGAAGGCUACCGGCUUAUCUAUGAACCCUGCAUGCCUGUGGAUGGGGUCAGCAAAAUUGUAACUGUGGAUGUGAAGGGAAACAGUCCUUUGUGGUUGAAAAUCAAGGACCUGUCCGAAGGUGUCACCUACCGAUUCCGAAUUCGAGCCAAGACCUUCAUUUAUGGGCCGGAAGUAGAAGCCAACAUCACCACAGGGCCAGGGGAAGGUGCUCCAGGUCCUCCCGGUGAACCCUUCAUCUCCAGAUACGGUUCAGCCAUCACAAUCCACUGGUCGAGUGGUGAUCCAGGGAAAGGGCCCAUCACCAGAUACGUCAUUGAAGCACGUCCUUCAGAUGAGGGGCUGUGGGACAUUCUCAUAAAGGAUAUUCCCAAAGAAGUGACUUCUUACACUUUCAGCAUGGAUAUUCUGAAGCAGGGGGUCAGCUAUGAUUUUCGAGUCAUUGCUGUCAAUGACUAUGGCUAUGGGACACCUAGCAGUCCAUCCCCUUCAGUGUCAGCUCAAAAAGCCAAUCCCUUCUAUGAAGAAUGGUGGUUUUUGGUGGUCAUUGCUUUGGUGGGACUCAUCUUCAUUCUCCUCCUCGUCUUUGUCCUUAUAAUUCGUGGGCAGAGUAAGAAGUACGCCAAGAAAUCUGAUUCAGGGAGCAACUCCAAGUCUAAUGCACUUAGCCAUGGUGAAAUGGUCAGUCUGGAUGAGAGCAGCUUCCCUGCUCUAGAACUGAAUAAUCGACGCAUGUCAGUAAAAAAUUCCUUCUGCAGGAAGAAUGGAAUAUAUACAAGGUCCCCACCACGGCCCAGCCCAGGUUCGCUGCACUAUUCAGAUGAAGAUGUCACCAAGUACAAUGACCUCAUUCCAGCUGAGAGCAGCAGCCUUACCGAGAAGCCUUCAGAAAUCUCCGAUUCACAAGGAAGUGACAGUGAGUACGAAGUGGAUCAGAACCAUCAGAAAGCCCAUUCUUUUGUCAACCAUUACAUCAGCGACCCAACUUAUUACAACUCAUGGAGGCGCCAGCAGAAGGGCAUCUCCCGGGCUCAGGCCUACAGUUAUACAGAAAGUGACUCUGGGGAGCCUGACCCUUGCCCUAUGUCCAACAGCACCAGUACCCAACAAGGCAGCCUCUUCCGACCCAAACCCAGUAGGACUCCAACCCCACAAACCCCAGUCAAUCCACCUAGUCAGCAGAGCACUCUUUACCGACCACCCAGUAGCCUUGCCCCGGGAUCCAGAGCCCCUAUUGCUGGGUUUUCUUCCUUUGUUUGAUCUGUCUAAAAGAAAGAAGAUGAAGAAGAAGAAGAAGAAGAAAGGGGUAACAACAACAAAAGGAUGGAUUUAAUAAUAACAACCGUGACUUUUGGGUCCAGGAGUGUUACUUUUCAGAAGUAAUGAGAUGAUGUUGGAGACAAUCAGGCAUAACCGAGAUGGGAUUCACUGACGGCUCCUGCUUCUAAUAUUGCACAGUUGCUCUUCAAAGGGAUUCAUCUGUCUGCAGAUGAACAUCUGGAGCAAAAUAGGAGAUAAGCUUGUUUUCAGGCCUAUGGUUGAAAGAAGGCUGGAAGGCAACAGGGUAAAACUGGGAGCCUCGAAGCUAAGAGGACAUUUGGUAUUAUAGUCACACCUCCCUGCAGUUCAGUUUUCU